GUCCUAGCCAAGACAAAGAGCCACAUUUGUGUGAGAACAAUUGUGUUAUAUGUCUUGACUAUACUCCGUGCUACCUGAAAUACUGAUUAGCCACCAAUCAAGGCGUCGAAAAUCUUUGGAAUGCCUUAUCCCGUUUGAGCCAACAGUUUACGGCCAGGAUCUCUGCCCCCCUCCCCCCCCUCGUUCGUCUACAGAGUAGCAAGGAUCGUCGAGUGCCAUGAAAAUGGAUAAAUCCUCGCGAACGCCAGGCCGACCCCCAAGCGGGAUACCUCGAUUAGUAUCCAGACUGCCUCUUCCUACAUCGACCGCAAACAAAUCCGUCAGACCGUCCCCCUCACGUGAGAGAUUAAGAGCAGACCCGGGCCUCGAUGCUUCCAGAUUACGGAGACCAUCGGAAGAAACUAUCUUCAAGAAGCCUCUUCCGAAGGCUGCUUCCCCUGUUAAAACACAGGGAACAACAGAAAAUGCACAGGCCAACAGAGAAGGGUCCCGGAUCCGGGCGAGCUUUUAUGGCGGAAAACUGAAGGUCAACGAGAAGGGGAUGGACGGAUCAGCCGUAUCGGAGGAGGCGGACUUGGAUGCCGCUAGUCAAGACGUUCGAGGCCGAACACGGGCUACGCGGCCUUCUUUAUCGGAGAGAACAAGAGAAACGCUGGCGCAAAUCCCCGCCUCACCAGCGUCGGUGAGGCGACAGUCGAGCUUCUUCAACGGAGCAAGUCCUAUGCGUUCCCCAUCUCGUGCGCCAUCGCGACCGCCAUCCGCACUAACUAGCUACUCGCGAUCGCCUUCGAGAUCAUCUUCUCGCCAGCUGAGUAGAACUGACGUGCCUGCUCAGCUCCUGUCAGCGGUUCGGUUGCCGUCGCGGCCUAGAGAUCUAGACGCCUUGGCCAGCACUAUAGCUGGCGAACCGUCAAAUCAAAUGACCUCACUUGGGAAGAUGGCUCCUCCGAAGACUGUGAAACCUACAUUGCGCAAAAGUAUCGGACCAGACGGUCUGUCUCGAGAUCGUCUUGCUCCAAAAGAAAAUGACACAAUACCUGCGAGGGCCAGUAUAUUUGGUGAUAUGAAAAAUCAUGACACAAAAAAGCCAAAGGCUUUAUCUCCGCCGCCGUCCCUUGUGGUAAAAAAGACAAGGAAGCCAUCAUCCAACUUCUCCUCUACUUUGACCUCACCCUCCUCGACAGUUUCGAAGUCCUCAUCCGUUACAUCUGCUACAUCUGAGCUCACGCCUGAGCAGCAGGCCGAGAGCGAGACAAGGAAAGUUAGCAAAUCUUCAAACGCGCUGAGAGAGAGCAUUGCCAAGGCAAAGGCUGCGAAGAGAGCUGCGAGCCAGAAAAGUUCUCAGACUGAGCCACCUGCAGAUCCAUGGGCCAGCAUCGACACCCAGGACCCGUUCAAUCAACGGCCCACGGACUCGAACAAAGGUCUGCUGCGGAAACGUGUGGAAACGGCUCGAACCACUGGACAUCUUAAUAUUGCUGCCAUGGCUCUCAGGGAAUUACCAGAUGAGGUGAUGACAAUGUAUGACUUUGAUCCGAAUAGCUCGACCGAGUGGUACGAGAGCGUGGACCUCGUCAAAUUUAUUGCUGCAGACAACGAGCUAGCGGAGUUACCAGAGUCUGCGUUUCCUGACGUCGAUCCUUAUGAUUUUGAUUCGGAAACGGACGAGAAGGGAAGCCAGUUCGGGGGCCUAGAGUUGCUAGACUUACAUGGAAAUAUACUGCGUUCUCUUCCACUCGGAAUCAGAAGGCUUCAACGGCUUCACACCCUUAACAUAUCGAAUAACAACCUGACUAUGGACGACUUGCAAAUUGUUUCCAGAAUUGAGUGUCUCGUCGACCUCAAAGUGGCAAGCAAUAAUCUAGAGGGGCCAUUGACAUUAUCCUUGGAUCGGUUAAGCAAGCUGGAAACACUAGAUUUGCAUGAAAAUUCCAUCACAGAACUUCCAGAAAGUCUUGCAGCUUUAACAUCACUCAAGAAUUUCAAUGUCGGCCAGAACCAGCUCACAUCUCUUCCAUUCGAGGCAUUAUGCAAACUUCCUCUCAAAGAGAUAAUGGCUCCAAAGAACCGUCUCAGAGGCAUAUUGAUACCGGCAUCAGUUCACAUACUGCCAGCACUGCAGACGUUAAAUGUUGUCAAUAAUGAGCUGCAAUGCUUCUCUGAGAAUGAGGCUUUGGCUCUCCCCAACCUCCAGACUCUGAUGCUGGAUUUCAAUCGUAUCAAUACUUUGCCUAAUAUGUCAUCGUGGCAAGCCUUGCUGACCCUUUCAGCGGAUGACAACGGCCUGACAGAUCUUCCUGCGGGAUUCACCGAGCUGAAAAAUAUAAAGAAUGUGGACCUCACUGGCAACAAUAUUACCAGGCUUGAUGAAAAUAUUGGAUUGAUGGAAAGUCUAUUUUCAUUUCGCAUCGCUAACAAUCCUCUACGGGAGCGGAAGUUCCUCACUAUGGACACCGAGGACCUCAAGCGGGACUUGCGGAGUCGAUGCGAACCGGAAUCGCACGAGACAGAUGAAGAGGGUUCCGUCGGGACACAGUUUACCUUAGCCCCAGAAACUCCUGUGACUUCAACUGGCUGGCAAGUGAAGUCAGGGGGAGUCCUCGACCGUUCACAUACCAAGAUGACCGAGUUCGACACAGACCUUCUAGAGCCAAUUACGGUCCAGGAUGUUCGGUGUCUCUAUCUGCAGUACAAUGACCUGCAUAGCUUUCCGGUGCUCGCCAUUAGUAUGCUUGCACAAAACCUGACCGACCUCGACCUCUCACACAACCCGAUGGACAGUUCCGAGCUCUUUUCGUCCCCUCUCACCCUCCCUCACCUUCAGAGUCUCAACCUGAGUGCGACCACACUCACAAGCUUCGAGCCUCUGCAGACCUAUAUAUCAGCGCCGUCUCUUUCAUUCUUAGAUAUGUCGUAUAACCGGCUUACGGGGGCUCUUCCAACCAUGCGGCACUACUAUCCAAAACUGAUGACCCUUCUUGUAGCAGACAACCAAAUCGCCAGUUUGUCGUUUGAGGCAGUACAAGGUCUCCAAGUCCUCGAUGUGAGCAACAAUCAUAUUGAGAUGCUUCCCCCCAAGCUCGGCUUACUGGGCGCGGAAAACUCCAGCAAGAAUUGGGCGGGCGGAUCCGCUUUGAGGAGGCUCGAAGUCGCAGGAAACAGCUUCAAGGUCCCUAGAUGGCAGCUCGUUCUAAAGGGGACUGAGGCAGUUCUGGACUGGCUGAAGGGUCGCAUUCCUGCCGACGAGCUCCCUGAAUGGGAGGCAGAAGAAGUAACGGACGCUUAGUCGUGGUGUUGGACAGAUGAGGGGCCUCUUUCUUUUCAUGUCUCCUAUUUUCUCUCUUUCCGUACAUAUUGACAGGGGUUCUCUAAGUUCCUUUGAUAUCAAUAAGUGUGGGUAUGAUGCUUUUUUUGGACAUUAAACAUCUUGUAUUUCUACAACUGUGCUCUUUUCGGGCAAUUUUUUCUUCUUUUUAAUAUAUGUGACCUUCCCGGACACAUUGAUUUUAUUUCGUCUCUGCAUAUUGGUGCAACCCCACAGAAACGCUGUAUAAGUA